AGUCCCUUCACCUGCGAUGAAUCAAUCAGUCACCACAGCCAACUCGAGCGUCCUCGGUGCUCAAGAACUGCACCGCCGCCCUUGAAGUUUGUCAGCUGCUGACACGCCCUCCUCUCGUUCUUCUCACCCAGUCCACCGCCUUCUCGUCCGUCUGCUCCGAAUCCUAGAACGGCAGAUACAAAAUGAUACUCUUCUGUCAAAAGCCAAGAAUCCAAGACAUAGGAUCUGCAAGAUAACCAUGGAUCAAUGCCAAAGGCCCAAAGGUUAGUCGCGGGAGGUGGGCCAUCCCAAGCUCGACCGACGCUUGACAUCAGUGUCAUGGCCGCCAUUUCUCCAUGAAAAGUCACGUGUCGCCAAGGUCAUCCCCGAUAGACAAGGCUCUGAGAUGCGACCCAAGCCCCGACUUGCUCUCAUCAAGAUCCGCAGCGUUUCUUGGGUGUCAUCAGCCCAGAUCCUACAUCUUGCUGCCUUCCACUUCAGUCGAUUCGCCGACCGUCACGAGCAUAUCCAAGUUGGCGACACAGCCGGAUCUACCAAUGCUUCUCCAAUCACUGCCAGCAUCUCCUCAUGACCCACGCGUGCAUCAUGCAGAUAGUGGCAAUGAAUGACAAGCAUCGUUACUAUUGACGGGACGUGGGUUGCUGGGAUCAACGUUUAUUUUCUCGAUCUCAGUAGAAGUAUAUAUGGGCCCUUAAUGUUCUGUCAAGCGAUGCUUCUGGGUCCGUCACAGCUUCGUCUGCCUAGACGAUACUCUACAUUGCUGGGUCACUCUUCUUUUUGCUUGACAUAGUUGAUCCGCGACAUAAUGGUUCGAACUACUUCCCUGGUCGCAGUCUGCUCUGCCUUGGUUGGCAUGAGCAGAGGAGCUGCACUUGGCACGGCUGAGGAGUAUGCUUCUGGAGCUGUCCAUGCCCGUAUCAUGGGUAUCAAGAUGGUAUGCAUUCUUAUCGACUACCGCUCGUCACUUUGUGCAUACUAGCUAAAAUCCCUCCAGGCUCAAUGGGAGGCCGAGCUCGCUGAAGGUCAAAUGGAUAGUGCUCAGUACCCCGAGCUUGGCUAUACACCAUGUGAGAAUGGGUUUGCUGCUGGCAUUCCUGGAGACGUCAACAACACAUUCAGAUGCAAUAACAUCGACCUGUAUCACUUCCUGUCCCAUGCAGAUCUGGGUAGCUCAUAUGGCCGGGGCUCUUCUUCGUGGGGCUGGACUUCAGAAUCCGGAAGAGAGUUCGUUGCCAUCGGCCAAUAUGAUGGUACGGCGUUUGCUGAGAUCUCCCCCGAGGGCAAGUUGGUCUACCUCGGGCGACUGCCUCAGUAUGAUCCUAUUGGAUCUAAUUGGAGAGAAAUCCGAGUCCUUCGAGACUAUGCUGUCAUCGGCUCUGAAGCCAUCAACCAUGGUGUUCAGAUCUUUGACAUGAAGAAGUUGCUCGAUCUCGACCCGGAGAACCCUACCAACUUCACUCAGGACGAUCUCACUGGACAUUGGAAUGAUCUUCCCGUAGGACGAACCCACAACAUUGUCGUCAACCAGGAGCUGAACUACGCAAUUGCUUGCGGCUCUGUCGGUGGCAACGAGACUAUCAGAGUUAGAGACGAGUUGCCUUGCCGUGGCGGUCUCAUCUUCAUCGACAUGUCGGAUCCUUCGAACCCAACGAGCCCAGGCUGUGCUGCGGGCGACGGUUACGUCCAUGAUGCCGAGUGCUUGGUCUACCGAGGUCCCGAUGAGAGAUAUCAGGGUCGUGAUAUCUGCUACGGCUACAAUGAGGACACCCUUACCAUCUAUGAUGUGACAGACAAAGAGGGAAAUGUCACCAACAUCAUCUCCAUCACCAGCUUUCCGGGUGCCGAAUAUAUUCACCAAGGUGUAGUCAACGAUGAACAGAACCAAGAAUAUCUUUUCCUCGAUGAUGAGUUUGAUGAGCGUGAUGCUGACGUUGGCCCAAUGACCCAAGGUCUACCAACCACCCACAUCUUCGACAUCCGCGACCUUGAGAACCCCCAUUACACCGGUAACUACAAAGGCAAAACUAGAUCUAUUGACCACAACCAAUAUAUGGUCGAUGGCUACCUCUACCAAUCCAACUAUGGUAACGGACUCAACGUUCUCGAUGUGAGCUCUGUCACCGAGGACCCUAGUGGAGCUAGCAUCUGCGAGGCCGGCUUCUUUGACAUCUACCCAGAAAAUGACGAGAAUGAAGGCGGCGGCACUGUGGCAUUUCUGGGAUCGUGGUCAUCUUACGCCAACUUCAAGUCUGGCUUUAUCUUUGUCCACACCAUUGAGCGGGGUUCGUUUGUGGUCAAGAUGACGAGCAAGGAAUGCCCCAAGCCGCCUGUCUGCGAGGCCAGUAGCUGUUUGACAUCCCUGCGUGCCAGCAGCAUCGAAGGUCGACUCGAAGAGGGCCAGGAAUUCUGCCAUGCGUUCCUUACCAGACAGAUUGACGAGGAACAGGAGAUUCCAGAGUAUGCUAGUGAGGCUUGUGGAGGCUCCGACGAAGGUCUCAUUGCUCAUGUCAGCAGUGCUUGUGCCUGUGUCCCAACUAUUCCCGUCCCUGAACUUCCAAGGACAACUACUCGACCUCCAGUGCCGACGGUCCUACCCGACAAACGUGAUGCAGUGAUGUUUUAAAGAGAUGAUACCGGUUUGACAAGCUAGCAUACAUAGACGUAGUAGAAUAAAUCCCUCCCAGAACCAAAUCCUCGAGUUAUCUCUGGGGGCUGUGUCAU